GCAGCUGUGUCAAUGCUAAAGCAGGACUACAAAGAAGGAGAAAUGACUUUAAAGACCGCACUUGCGUUAGCCAUUAAAGUUCUCAACAAAACCAUGGAUGUCAGUAAACUGUCUGCAGAGAAAGUUGAAAUUGCAACACUGACAAGAGAGAACGGAAAGACAGUAAUAAGGGUUCUGAAGCAGAAGGAGGUGGAACAGUUGAUAAAACAACAUGAGGAGGAGGAAGCAAAAGCUGAACGUGAAAAGAAGGAAAAAGAACAAAAAGAAAAAGAUAAAUAGAAUAUUAAAUCAAGUGUUCUGUAGAUAAUGCAGGACCUGCUUCAGUAAAAGAUAAUCUGGGUUUCUGUUUUGUAGCAGCCUAUGACUAUGCCAUAGAGGACCUAGAAUUACUUUUGAUGAAGCAGGUCCUUAAUCAUCAUUCGUAUAAUUAGUUUACUGCUCCUUACAUUGACCAGUAAUUGCUUUUAUUCUUGAACACUCUAUUUCUUCUAUCUUCUAUUUUUUAUUGUGGAAUAAAAUUUAAGAAUAAUAGUGA